GUGAAUUGAUUUACAACAGGAUGGAUAGUGAUGGAUGUAGGUUUUACGCCGUCUGUAGUCUAGCCUGUACUGUUGAACGCCACAGUUUACCUUGUCAUGUAACUACUCCUGUAGCCACUACUUCCUCUGAAUGGUCUACUGUAACCACAUCAGUUCCUCUGCCUACAAGUUCUGAAAUACCACAUGCUUAUGGUUGUGUUUCUGCUACUUACCCUCCACUUCGGCCUGGAGAAAGUUACAAAUUAUCCAACUGUACUGAAGUUGUCUGUAAGGGAGACAACAAUAUAGAAGUAGUACCAACGUACUGCCCACCUGUAAAGGAAAUUACCUGUGCAAACAAAUAUCCUGCAAUACUGGUACCGGAUGAAAAUGGCUGCUGUUACCGAUAUGAGUGUCAAUGUGUGUGCAGUGGAUGGGGUGAUCCUCAUUACAUUACUUUUGAUGGAACCUACUAUACUUUCCUUGAAAACUGCACUUACGUCCUGGUGAAACAGAUUGUCCCUAAAUAUGACAACUUCCGUGUUUACAUUGACAAUUACUACUGUGACGCAAAAGAUGGACUCUCCUGCCCUAAAUCCAUUAUGAUUUUCUACAAAUCUGCAGAAGUGGUGCUGACUCGUAAACUCCUGAAUGGUGUGAUGACCAAUGUGAUGUACUUCAACAACAAGAUUGUCAAACCAGGCUUCAAACAGGAUGGCAUUUCUUUCUCCACACUUGGCAUCAAUAUGAUCGUUGAAAUAGAAGAGAUUGGUGCGACCAUCACCUUUAGUGGGCUGAUUUUCUCUGUGAAGCUCCCAUACAGCAAAUUUGGCAACAACACCGAAGGACAGUGUGGAACAUGUACAAACAAUAAAGCAGAUGAAUGCCGCUUACCAAAUGGCCAGAUCAUUUCUUCCUGUCCCCAGAUGGCUCAUCACUGGAUCGUUGACUACAAUGAGACAUGCCAUGGAAUACCACCACCAACAGUUAUAACCACACCUAAACCAAAGCCUCAGUGUGAAACACCUCCUCUCUGCAAGCUUAUCUUGAGCGAGAUUUUUGCAGAAUGUCAUACCGUGAUACCACCAGAACCAUUUUUCAAAGGCUGCGUUUUCGAUGGGUGUCGCAUAGACGAUGAAUCCAUGCAGUGUUCCAGUUUGGAGAUAUAUGCUACAGAAUGUGCUGCAAGAGGUGUCUGCAUCGACUGGAGAGGAAAGACCAACAGUACAUGCUCUUGCAGGGAACCAAAUGGAGUAUCCAGAUGGCCAGGAGAAAAAUGGACAAACAAUUGCCGGGAGUGUGUCUGUGACAAAAAUACUCUUAAGGUGCACUGUACGAAACAUCAGUGUCCCUGGGGACAGCAAGUAUUUUGUGAUGAACCAGGUUACAUGCCUGUUGAGAUACAGAUACCAGAAGAUCCAUGCUGUACUAGGACUGAGUGCUACUGCAACACCAGUCUCUGCCCUGAGGUCACACCCCAGUGCUUAGAGGGACAGGAAGUAGUCACAACAAUGCAGCCUGGAAAAUGCUGUCCUACCUUUGAAUGCAAACGUGGCUGUGUAGUCAAUGAAACCUACUAUGCACCUGGAGCUGUCAUUCCAUCAGGCCCCUGUGAAGAAUGUACCUGUUCUGAAUCCUUUUACACAAAGCCUCACCGUGUUACUGUCAAGUGCGAGCCUGUUAUCUGUGACACAUACUGCCCACUGGAAGGAGAAUACUGGAACCCACCUGGUGAUAACUGUACAAUUUACACAUGUGAAAAACAUGCUAACCAGUUCAUUCAAGUCGUCUUACAGAAAAACUGUCCUCACUUCAACCCUGAUCAGUGUGAUCCAGAUGACGUCAAGAUGUCUGACGAUGGCUGCUGUCUAGAGUGCAAGAAACCAAAGG